AUGGCCUCAAGGCGAGAGGUAUUUCACAAAGUAGUAGAAACUAAGGAGGUAACUGAUAAAAAAAUUGGAAGAGUGGAGGAAAAUUUUAGAAGUGGGGCAAAGCCGAUAGGUGCGCCAAAGGUGACCAUUGGUGAAGAAGAUGUUGCAUGUAUGACCAAGUGUGGGUAUUUGGGAUCGAUUAUUCAGAGAAGUGGGGAGAUUGAUAGAAAAGUUUCUCAUCAAAUACAAGAGGAUUUGCUUAAGUGGCGAGCAACCACUGGGGUGCUAUGUGAUAGGAAGUUUUCAAGUAGGUUAAAAAGUAAAUUUUAUCGAGUUGCAAUCAGGCCUUCUUUGUUUUAUGAGACAGAUUGUUGGCCCGUAAAGAAGACUUUUGAAUAUAAGAUAGAAGUUGCAGAAAUGCUUAUGUUGAGGUGGAUUUACGAUCACACAAUGAUGAAUCGAAUGAUAACUAGGAGUUUAGAGAGAAGUUAG